UCCAUACUUUCUGCGCUGCUCGAAUUUAUGUUCAUUCAUAUCUCCUGGUGGUGAAGAUUUUCCACACGCAAAAGGUGACGAAAAGUUUGCGAGCCGAAAUUUACCAGUUAUUUCCCGUCGGAAACCGUUGCAAACAGCAGUCAUCAUGAGCGCAAGGAACGUUGCCUGUCUGGCCGUGCAGAGCGCCCGCCAGUUCUCCCGGACGUCGGUUGCCUCGUCCACUGAAGUCGCCGAGGGCUACAAACAUCUGAAGAACAUCCAGGCCAGGUUCCAGAAACCCGAUGGCAAGCCAGUAUUCCUGAAGGGGGGAACCACAGACAACGUACUGUUCGGUGUGACCAGCUUGCUAUGCCUGGCCGGUAUGCUGGGAAUGGGCAAGCUGAUCUAUCAGCUUGCCUACCCCAAACAGGAGGAAUAAGCGCCAGCGCGGAACCUCUGUAAUUUAAUUCUUAAGAGAAACACGGUAGUCAAAAUUGUCUCAAAACCGGCAUUUAGUCGAGUUGAGUGUCACACGACGAUUGGUUGUAGUUGAAGAAAUUUUUUGGAUCGAUACGGGAUUAUAAUCGUGCAGUGGGGGGAACAACCCUUCCCAGCGAUUCAAAUCGAUAAUUCCAUUUUAAAUGCAGUUAAACCAAGUUUAUGUGUAACCAUGGGUAAAAUGUUGUAUUUAAAGCUGUGCAUUUAAAAUACAAGGCGAAUAAAUGUUUGUUUUGAACAAUGUGGCAAUAGAA